CAUGGUGGUUGUCCUCCUCGGCAGUGCUUGUCGGUAGUCUCCCCUCGCCAUUUUGCCUCUAAGCUUUAUUUCAAACCUGAAAGAGGGCUUCGGGAGAUCUACCGACGAAAUCCACGAUGAGUCGCCCAGUUGCACAGCGCACCCUGGGGCUGAUCCACCGGUCGCUUCAGCAGGGACGAGCCGGUUCCUUUCUCCGCAGAGCCGCGGUUGCUGGGGAAGGAUCGGGGGGGGCUGACAAUGCUUCCCAGACCAGGAACCGGGAGCAUCCCAACAGAAGGUUGCCGAGCCUGGGCGGCGCUUCGUUGCUGGCAGGAGCCUUGACGACGGGGGUGGCUGUGCAUGUAUUGGCUGAGGCGCCACCUCGCUCAGAUGACGCAAAGGAAGAGGGGGCACUGGCUGCGGAGAAGCCGGCUGGUGGCGAGGGGAGCGCGAGGAAGGAAGCUGCGCGCAAGGCUGAGGCAGCGGAGGCCACCGUCGUGAGCAAGGUGGUCGGUGCCAAGGACUCCGUCGUCGAGAAAGCGACCGAGCUGAAGGACGCCGCUGUCGAGACGGUUCACGAUCUGGAGAAGCGCGCAUCGGACACAGUUCACAAUCUGGAAAAGCGCGCCUCGGACACAGUUCACAAUGUAGAGAAGCGCGCGUCGGACGCGGUUCACUUGGUUUAUGACAAGACGAGCGAGACGCUCGGCGGAGCGAAGGAGUCAGCGGUGAGGGCGAAAGAGACGGCGGAGGGAAAGGCCUUGCAGGCGAAGGAGGCAGUCGUUGACAAGGCUGAGGGAGUUAAGGAGGGAGCGAAGCAGGCGGCGGACACGGCCUCCGAAACGGUGCAGGGGGCGAAGGAGAGUGCGAAGGAGACUGUUGGGAAAGCACAGGAGAGCGUCAAGGAGACGGCUGAGAAGGCGAAGGCGACCGCGAAAGAAACGGCGGAUAAGGCUUCCGAGAGGGUGCAGGGGGCCAAGGAGAGCGUGAAGGAAAGCGCGAAGGGCGCGGCUGACAAGGCCUCCGAGAAGGUUCAGGGUGCGAAAGAGAGCGCUAAGGAGACGGCUGAGAAGGUCAAGCAGACCGCGAAAGAGACGGCGGACAAGGCGUCUGAGAAAGUGCAGGGUGCGAAGGAGAGCGUGAAGGAAAGCGCGAAGGGAGCGGCUGACAAGGCGUCCGAGAAGACGGAAGAAGCGAAGCAAGUGGUGAAGGAUACGGCAAACAAAGUGGCGGAGAAAGCGCAGGGGGCCAAGGAGAGCGCCAAGGCGACUGCACAGGAGACAGCGGAUAAGGCGUCGGAGAAAGCGCAGGGGGUGAAGGAAAGCGCGAAAGAGACUGUUGACAAGGCUGCAGAGAAGGCGCAAGGUGCCAAGGAAAGCGUCAAGGACACCACGAAGCAGGCGGCUGGGAAAGCGCAAGAGACGAAGGAGAGUGUCAAGGCCGGCGCAAAGGAAACGGCUGACAAGGUCUCUGGGAAAGCGCAGGAAGCGAAGGAGAGCGUCAAGGCCGGAGCGAAGGAAACGGCCGACAAGGUUUCUGGCAAGGCCCAGGAAACAAAGGAGAGCGUGAAGGAGACGGCCGACAAGGCGUCGGCGAAAGCUCAGGAGCAUAAGGAGUCGGUGCAGGAAGCGACGGGCAAGCCUGGGGAGGGCGCAAAGGGUUCGCAGGCGGUUGCCCGUACGAGCGCCAAGGCGGCGCAGGAUUGGAUCGUGGACCGAACUGAGGAUGCCAAAGAAGUGGUGAUCAGUGGUAAGGAAGCCGUGAUGGGGAGUGGACGGACGGCGAGCGAUUGGGUGAAUGCGGCGGCAGUGACCGUCGCGGGGGCGGCGGAGAGUGCCAAGGAGAGCGUCAAGGGCGCGGUCGGCGCGGGGAAGGAGAAGGCGGAGGAGGUUAAGGAUGGGGUUAAGGAGAAGGCGGAAGGGGCGAAGGAAGCGGUUAAGGAGACGGCGGAAGAUGUGAAAGAGACGGUUGAGGACAAGGCGGAUGAAGCAAAGGAGGCUGUGGGCGCGUCGGAGGGAGAGGGAGGAUCGGACGGCGGAGAUGAGGCGGCGGGAGAGGCGGACGGUGGAGAUGACGCGCCAGAGGAGGAGGAGGAGCCCGAGAAGAAGAUUACAAUCGAGGACAUAAAGACUGCUCCCAUGGACUACCGCUUCCCAACCACCAAUCAGGCCAAGCACUGCUACACCCGGUAUAACGAGUUCCACAAGUGUGCGGCCCAGAAGGGCGAGGACGACCCGGAGUGCAAGCAGUACCAACGCUGGUACCGCUCACUGUGCCCAGGAGAAUGGGUCGAAAAGUGGAACGAGCAGAGGGAGGAAGGCACGUGGGCGGGUCGGUACUGAGCGGGUCCGUACGCAUUCAGUAUACUGCAGAGAACCGCUGUCCCAUGGAGAGUGAUGUGGUCAGCAUCACGUGCGGGACUAAGAGGUCAUCUAUACCUUUUUGAAACGUCGACUUUUGUCAAACUUUGAAAGCGCUAGCAAGCAUAGGCAUCACGCAUAAAAGACCUCAUCGCCUACAGCAAUAUGUCCUUCACACACCGUCAGAUAAACCUGGUCUUCACGACUCAAACCCCCGUCCGUGUUACUCUGUCUUGAUUUACCAUGUCACGGCCAGCGUCACCAAACCCCUAAAUCAGUGUUGAUUGAGGACCCGAUGCAAGCCUAGCCGCCCCGUUUCACAGUCCAAAAUUCUUCUGGUUUCGAAGGCACUUACACGUCUAAAUGGC